ACGGCCCUCUUGCAGUAUAGUCGUCCAGUGCGUGCUUUCAAAUCAAUGGCUGGCUGGCUGGCUGAAUCGCCGCUGGGGGGCUCUAAAUCGCAUCCAGGCGCUACAAUCACCAGCUCCUUCCAAGCCAGCUACAUACAUAUACUGCGCUACAGAACCUCAAUUGGUACCGUAGAAUCCUUCUCCCCCAUCCCAGAGCUCCAGAUCCUCCACGUAUCCGCUUCCACCCUUCCUUCAAUUCUCUACAAAAUGGUUGUCGGCUCAGUCCUCGUCACAGGUGGAACGGGCUACAUUGGCUCCUUCACUGCCCUCGCCCUGCUGGAAGCCGAUUACAAGGUCGUGAUUGUCGACAACCUGUACAAUUCGUCCAAGGAGGUCUUGAACCGCAUCGAAUUGAUAUGUGGCAAGAAACCCGCCUUCUACGAGGCCGACAUGACAGAUGAGGCCGCAUUGGACAAGGUUUUUGCUGAGAACCCCGACAUCGACAGCGUCAUUCACUUUGGCGCCCUCAAGGCUGUUGGAGAAUCAGGAGAGAUACCCCUGGAAUACUACCGUGUCAACGUUGGAGGUUCCAUCGCCCUCCUCCGCUCCAUGACCAAGCACGAUGUUACCAACAUCGUCUUCUCCUCCUCCGCCACCGUAUACGGCGAUGCCACACGCUUCCCCAACAUGAUUCCCAUCCCAGAGCACUGCCCCAUCGGUCCCACCAACCCCUACGGCCGUACCAAGUCUACCGUCGAAGGCAUCAUCACCGACCACGUCAACGCUCAACGCAACAACUUGAUCAAGAAGGGUGAUCAAAAGGGAGCUGACAAGUGGAACGGCGCUUUGCUACGGUACUUCAACCCCAGCGGCGCGCACCCUAGCGGUGUUAUGGGCGAGAACCCCCUCGGUGUCCCGUACAACCUGUUGCCGCUGCUCGCCCAAGUCGCAAUUGGCAAGCGGGAAAAGCUCCUCGUCUUCGGCGACGACUACGCCUCCAAAGACGGCACCGCAAUCCGCGACUACAUCCACGUCCUCGAUCUCUCGCGCGGCCACCUCGUCGCACUCAACUACCUGCGCGAGAAAUCCCCCGGCGUCAAGGCCUGGAACUUGGGCUCCGGUCGCGGGUCUACCGUCUUCGAGAUGGUCAAGGCGUUCUCCGAUGUCGUGGGCCGCUCGCUGCCUGUGGAAGUCGCUCCUCGCCGCGCCGGUGACGUCCUGGAUCUGACCGCUAACCCCACCCUCGCGAACCAGGAGCUCAACUGGAAGACAGAGCUUACGCUCGAGGACGCGUGUGCCGAUUUGUGGAAGUGGACGAAGAACAACCCUGAAGGGUAUAAUCAGGAGCCACCCAAGGAGUUCGUGGAGGCGAUUAAGAAGAACAACUAA